AUGUGGAUUUUGCGCAUUCUAUGUCGUCAGCGCGUUAGAGCCGCCACCUUAUUGGAAGCCUUGUUUAUUUUCCGAAACACUUACAAGCUGAUGGAGCGGGUGUAUGGUAGUAAGCGAUUUGCUUCUUGCUACUGUUCUCUUCGGUCAAAGCCUUCAUCCGCCCAUCCGCCAUCCUUCCAUCGUGCUACCGGUAGGGAGAGUCGAUCAAUGAUCAAAGCAGUACCAGGCAAAGGAGGGUGGAGGACCUACAGCGUUUCGUUCGGCAGCUUCCGAGCGUCGCAGAUCUCUCAGCAACUCUUAAACCUACCGGAAAAGACACAACUUUCGUUCAUUCCUUUGGCAGUGAUAAACGGCCGCCAUGUUCUACCUGACGGACACCGUCCCGAGGCACGAUGA